AUGUCAGCACAUCAAACUCUCCAAGACUUAGACAAUAAUGACAAGUUCAUUAUUUCUCUUAAAGGUAAUGAAGAGAUACCUCAAUACAAGCAUAAAGAAUCUGUCAUGGCAGUAUACUCUGAUACUUGCUGUUGCCAUAAAUUUGAACAGCAACUCCUGCAACAGAUAAAGACUUCAAAACUCAGGUUGCAAACUUGCAAACUUAAUAGAAAGAAGCUUCUCAAUCAUUUGACUCACAUUUAUAGAAAUCAUCACAACAUUGGUUCAGUUAAAAUCAAUAACAGCACCUAUCUCUGGUUCUAUUUGACAAAUAGACCAGCUAGAGCUAAAGAUGCUUUAGGCAUUUACAAAUUCAAACAUCAGCCAAUUAUCUCUCUGGUCACAAACAUGAGAACAUUCAACUUUAACCAAUACAUACAGAUUGCUGAAGUUAACAAGUUCACUACCAGCAAUCUUCAGGAGGAAUGGGAAACCACUGGACCUGACCAUACUUGGAAAUUAAUCUCCUAUUCAUAUUACAUCAAGUAUGCAAAGCCAGGGGAUGAAACAGGAUUUUACCAUAUUAAUGUCAAUGUUCCAGAUGCUAUUACUACUGGAAGAGGCAUUAACAUGAUACAAGAAUUCUUGAUUUUAACUGCAAAAGAGUCCAGCAACUGCACAGAAAUCUUGCCAGAAAUAUAUAAUCAUCUAGAGAAUUGGUGA